GAGGACAAGAUCAACUGGGGCUCGUUCAAAGGCAACCAGGUCUACAUUGACGGGAACCUCUCGUGGUCCGACUAUCGCACGAUGAUGUUCCCCCGAAUCGAGGACCAGGCCGGCUACAAAUACCCGUUUCACGGUCUCCUCCAGGUCACUGGAAUCGUGAAGGACGACGACAUCCGCUCGCCCCAGCAGUUGGACGUCAACGGCUACAAGUGCCUCCGCGCGGUGAAGAACGGCGCGACCACGGGCACUACCGUAGGUCGCGUCAACGGACUGGACUCGUUCACUCGCAUCUACGCCGAAGACGGAACUGAGAUGUCCGUCGAGCUAGCCGUCCUGUCUUGCGAACGGAAUCGGGACGUUUUCCCUGUAACCAGAGAUUCUAGCGCCAUCGUCAUCGAAAAAGGUGGUCGCAUCGUUGGCAUGAUCAUCAGCGGUGGC